AUGAUGCCAGCGUCGGUAACGAACUACGUAGGCUUCUUCACCUUAUGUACUGAUCUCGAUGAAAUUCCGGCUAUUCGGCUCUUCGAAGAUCUCUUCUCAGUCAACAUUCAUAAAUCCAAAGAGUGGUUCUUCGCGGCGAAUGCCAAGCCGAAGAAGGAUAUCGUCACUGGGAUUAAACCCAGUAAAUAUAACGACUGGGAAUCCCAAUACUUCUUUCUCGAGAUGAACGAUCUCACAGUCAGCAAUUCUGACAUCCCAACUCAAUCGAAGUGGAAGAUUCCGAUCGGUCGUCAUCUCCCGAGUAUUCUACUCAAUUCCGGACUUACUCCCGAAUUCCAAACAACUUUUAGCGAAGCCGCUUCUGUCAAGGAACCGAAGCCCCUGAAGCCAAAGAGUCGAGCUAACAAACCUCGAGCUUCUCCCAGAUGGAAAGCGCCAAAACCGCAAGCUAGACGAGCCCGAACUGCAAGAAUGCUUUCACUCGACGAGAUUCCCACUCUGUUCGAUGAGGAAGAGCGGAACGAUGCAGCUCUGAAACCCAUCCUUGUUGCCGAAGGGAUUAAUGAACAACCUGAAGAACUGCCGCCAGCUGCGAACUCGCCUGACCAGGCUGGUCAGAAGAAGCUAGAAAAGAAGAAGUCCUCGAAGAAGAUUAAGAGGAUUGAAGACUCUUCUCGGGUGCAGGACGCUACUGCUGAGCUCGAUCCACCGACGGCUGUGGCGUCGGACCUCGCGAUUCCUCAGGAUCAGCCUGAAGCUUCCAACUCUCGGAAGAGGCAAAAAAUAGGUCACGCCGAAGAUUCUCCGGAGCCAGAGCCGGCUAAGAGGGCUAAGGUUUGCUUCGACUACGACGAGGAAACCCCUUUUGAGGAGAACGUCGACGCUUGCGCCGACCUCUACCACAAGAUCUCUACUGAGGUUCCGAGUCUCCCAGCGAUCUCCGAGCUCCGGUUUCCUAACCUAUACAAAGGGAUUGCACGUACAACUGCCGUGCUCGCCAGCCAGACCAACAAUUUGGUCGCGGCAUAUGAGAUUGCUCUGUAUGACGAGCAAGUGAGAGUCGCCGAGCUGGAAGAACGGAUUUCCAAGGCUGAAGAUCAUCUCGCCACCGAGCUCAAGAUCAAUGAUGGGCUUCACACUGCUGUUGACCUGCUGAAGCAGGAGAGUUCGGAGCUUAAGGCAGUCAAAGCCGAAUUUACCGAGGCGCAAGGCUUACUUUCUCGAGAAUUUGAGAAAGAUAAGGAGCGACUGCAGAACUUGGUGGCUCAUUGGAAGGAUCGGGCAAGGAGCGUUCACGCGAAGGUUUGCAAACGCUUGGAAAAGGUUAUCCGCAGUUUGGAUGAUGCUGAUCGGGCUCGUAAGCCUUACCUGGUGGUCAACCAGCUUACCGGAGUUCUCGGCUUCAUCAAACAUCUCAAGAAGAAGGGUUUGAAUGAAGUUCCGCCCGAGAUGGUGGCCGAGAUCGAGACGAAGCAUGCUAAGGCGCUGCAAGAAUUUUGUUCGGUUGAUGCUUGCGUCCUCACGGAAGAAGAUAAGCGGAUGUCUCCUCUUCCGGAAAAUGGUGAUGAUGUUCCGGCCGAGAACGUGACUCGAAGCGCGCAGGAUCAGGCGAGAGGCGAGCAGUUCGGCUCGAUAGGAACAGAUUUGAUAAAUACUGAUAACUCUCGGAGGCUGUUUAUUCUUUUUACUUUUUUCUCUAAGUCGAACUCAAUUGCCCUUUAA